AUGUUCGGCAUCGAUCUCAACUUCGCCCAUUAUAAAUGGGCAUUCAUAUACUGCUCGGUCUCCGCACUCGGGGCCCUGGUAUUCGGCUACGACAACACCUACUACAGCGGCAUUCUGGGAAUGCAGGAAUUCAAAAACGACUAUGGGACGCAGGUCAUCGACGGGAAAAAGGCGUUGGCUACCGACUUCACCUCCCUCACAACGUCAAGUAUCUACAUCGGUGACAUGCUUGGAGCCUUGAGCUCGGGGGUAUUGAAUGAUCGAUUUGGCCGGAAAGCUGUUCUCUUGAUUGCGGCAUUCUUUGUCCUCGCUGGUGGUAUUGCCCAGGUGGUAGAUACUCACUUCGAGGCUGUUAUCUCGGUUGGUCGGAUAUUGAUUGGUAUCGGAGUUGGUAACUUCACAGUGACUUCGCUUCUCUAUAUUGGCGAGGUUGCCCCUGUCGAAGUUCGCAGCCCUGCGCUUUAUCUGUUCCAGUUCCUGCAGUCUUGCUCCCAGCUUGUGGCGGCAGGCUUGACACAAGGCACGAAUGGUAUUAGCUCCUCGUUAUCCUACAAACUACCCAUGGGCGGCCUUGUUAUACUUCCUGUGGCCGCCUUUAUACUGGUUCCAUUCAUCCCGGAAUCGCCAACCUGGUAUGUCUCUCGCGGACGAAGAGACGAGGCCCAGAGUGCCCUGCGCAAGAUCCACAGAAGCAAUCCUACAUAUGACUCCUCAGCCGAUCUUGAGCUCCUCGAGAAAUCCCGUGAACACGAAGAAGAGCAGCUGGCAGCGUCAUCAUGGAAGUCGUUACUUCUCGACCCCAUUGAGCGAAAGAAGUUGCUAUGGGCCGCCGGAGGCAUGUACGCCCAGCAGAUCUGCGGUAUCAUCUUCUUCUAUAAUUACGGCGUUGUCUUCGCCCAGGAACUCGGUGUCUCCCAGCCGUUUACGAUCACACUCAUUACCAUGAUUCUGCAGAUUAUCGCCGUCGCCAUUUCAGUGCUCACGGCGAAUAAGCUCAAGAGACGCUCCAACCUCCUCUACAGCACGGGACUGAUCCUCCUCGCAUUCAUUAUCAUCGGCGGUAUCGGAACGCAGAAGAAUCUCUCCACCGCGUCGAAAUACGUGAUCGUCGUCUUCUCAUACGUCGUGAUCUGCGCGUACAACUUCGGCCAGGGGCCCCUGACGUUCGCAAUCACACGCGAGCUUUCGGUAGGCGUCAACCAGAACAAGAUUAUCUCGGUGUCGAUCUUCGCUCUCUAUUUCUUCCUGUGGUUGAUUUCCUUCACGGCGCCGUAUUUGUAUAACAGUGCGGGACUGGGCCCGAUGGUUGGGUUUGUUUAUGCGGGCACGACUGUUACCUCGCUCGCGUGGGUUUGGUUUUGUGUUGGCGAGACGCAGGGGAGGACAAGGCUUGAGAUUUCUUUGCUGGUUGAAAAUGGGAUUCCGGCGAGGAGGUGGGGCAUGCAUGUCUUCGAGCGUGGUUCUACUACUGCCCAGGAGGGAGUGGAAAAGGUAGAUGUCUCCCAUGUGGACUAA